UAUCGCAACUUUACUCGUGUUGUGAAACAAAUUUCACAAUUUUAACACACUUAUUCGCAAUAUUGAUCAUUCAAAAUUUGAGGAGAGUGUCUCGUAAUCGUGUUUAACAAUUGGCAGUGACUUGUAUUAAAAUUUUCCAACAUGCGGCUGGUAGAUUCAUCAAAACUUUUGGAACUUCAAAACAAGCAGUCUAAUAUUCGAAAUAUUUGCAUUGUGGCCCACGUGGACCAUGGGAAAACAACAUUGGCGGAUUCCUUGAUAUCUAGUAAUGGUAUCAUAUCGCAGAGGAUGUCGGGAAAGCUGCGUUAUAUGGACAGCAGACCUGAUGAACAGGAGAGAGGUAUCACCAUGAAAAGUAGCAGUAUUGCGCUCUACCACGCUGUGAACCAGGAAGAAUACCUGGUGAACCUCAUAGAUUCACCUGGGCACAUUGAUUUCUCGAGUGAGGUGUCCACGGCAGUGCGUUUGUGCGAUGGAGCUAUUGUAGUGGUGGACGUAGUAGAAGGAGUUUGCCCUCAAACAAGGCUAGCUCUCAAGCAAGCGUACGCUGAAAACAUCCGUGCUGUACUCGUCCUGAACAAGAUUGAUCGGCUCAUCCUGGAAAUGCAGUUUACACCUCUCGACGCAUACAUCCAUCUGACCCAAGUUCUGGAGCAAGUCAACGCUGUGAUGGGGGAAUUGUUUGCUACCGAAGUGUUUGAAAACGAAGAGAAUACUAUUGACAAACAGCAACAAAAGCAGCAACCGAAAGAGGACAACAACUUCUACGACUGGACUUCUGCUCUAGAAGAUGCCGACGAUUCUCAUCUUUACUUCUCACCUGAACAAGGGAAUGUAGUGUUCGCUAGCGCUAUUGAUGGAUGGGGUUUCACUACUCAUACUUUCGCUAAAUUAUUCUCUGAUAAACUUGGUGUGAAAGAUGAGAUACUGAAAAAAGUGUUAUGGGGUGACUUCUAUUUAAACACCAAGACCAAACGCUUCAUGAAAGGAGCGCAAGAGAAAGCAAAGAAGCCCUUAUUCGUGCAAGUCAUCCUAGACAAUCUGUGGAACAUCUACGAAACGAUUGUCCUUAGAAAUGAGAAGGAGAAAGUCCCUGUCAUAUGCGAGAAACUUGGCAUCAAACUGACUACACGAGACCUCAGACAUACAGACACCAGAAUUCAACUCCAGUCUCUAAUGAUGCAAUGGCUUCCAUUAUCCCAGACAGUCCUCAACAUGGUCUGCUCAAAACUACCUUCCCCUAAAGAGAUAUUACCCGAAAAGGUAGAAAAACUAAUGUGUUCAAGAAUCAGAGACUUCGAUUCAUACAAUGCGGAGACGCAGAAACUUAAAGAUGACUUCUUAGCCUGUGAUAGUAGAGGUGAUAAGCCUAUAAUUAUAUUUAUAUCGAAGAUGUUUGGGGUGGACAAGAGUAUACUUCCAGAGAAUAAGCCUAAAGCGUUGACACCCGAAGAAAUGGCGCGUAGGAGAGAGUUGGCGCGAAAAAUGCGGGAGGAGAUGAAACAAAACGCUGCGGAACCAGUUCCAGAAAUAAAGGCUGAAUCGGAAAGUUCUGAAAAAAGCGAAGAAAAUGAGAAAGAGACAAAAGAAGAAGAAAAAGAGGAGACAGCAUUUAUAGCAUUUGCUAGAGUAUUUAGCGGUAAAGUUAAGAAAGGUGAUAAAGUAUAUGUUUUAGGUCCUAAACAUGACCCGUCCAAGAUACUUAGUCUUAAAGACUUCAAGAUAGAUCCUAAUAAGAAAUUGAAAGAUUUGCAUAGUGAUGAACAUAUCACUUGUACAGAAAUUAAGUCGUUAUACAUUCUAAUGGGAAGAGAAUUAGAAGAAAUUGAAGAGGCUGUUGCAGGAAAUAUAAUCGGUAUUGGCGGCCUAGAAGACUACGUUCUCAAGACUGCUACUCUUAGCAGUACGGUCGCCUGUCCAGCGUUCAGCGAGAUACAGUACGCUGCUGUGCCCAUUCUAAGAGUCGCUUUGGAGCCUACGUAUCCUUCUCAACUGCCGCAGUUGGUGAAAGGUCUCAAACUUCUGAACCAAUCGGAUUCCUGCGUGCAAGUGCUAUUGCAAGAAACGGGCGAACACGUCAUAGUGACCGCUGGCGAGGUGCACUUGGAAAGGUGUUUGGAAGACUUGAAAAACCAUUACGCAAAAAUACCGAUCACGGUAUCUGAGCCGAUAGUUCCAUUCAGAGAAACAAUCGUCGAACCUCCCAAAAUCGAUAUGGCCAACGAAGAAAUUGACGCCCAAAACAUCGAUAAAGGGAACGACAAAGAAGAAGACCCCGUCAUAACGAUUUACACUAACAACAAGCAAAGCAGAAUUAAAAUCAGAGCUAGACCUGUUCCAGCAGAAAUAACUAAUCUAUUAGAUAGAUCCAGUGACUUACUAAAAGUAAUUUCCCAGCAUAUAAAAACAUUACAAGGUUUAGCCAAAAACGACAAUUUAGAACAGAAAUUAGACGAAUUAUACAUCAACGGCACAAAGCACAAGCUAUCAGACAGAAUGUUGAAAUUGGUACAAAAUUUCAAAGACGAACUGCAAAAUAUCUGCUCAAAAUUGGGACCGGAAUGGAAGGACGUUGUCAAUCAAAUUUGGUCUGUAGGGCCCAGGAAUUGUGGUCCGAAUUUGCUGUUGAAUCACACGAAGGAUUACGUUACUAAGUAUUUGCAGCAUGAUAAGGAUAUUAAAGAGGAUCCGAGGUUUGAGUAUGAGAGCAGUUUUGUGAAUGGAUUCCAAUUGGCCACUUUGGCUGGGCCUUUGUGUGAGGAGCCGAUGAUGGGUGUGGCGUUUUGUGUAGAGGAAUGGACGCUGGAAAAGAACGAGACAGAAGAUGGAAGUCACACUUUUGGACCACACUCAGGUCAAAUCGUGUCCGCGGUGAAAGACGGUUGCAGAAGAGCCUUCCAAAUCCAACCGCAGCGGUUGAUGGCAGCCAUGUACUCCUGUGACAUAGUCGUCGACCAGAAAGUAUUAGGCGUAAAAGAACUUUCGACAUUCUAA